AUGGCUGGUGCAAUUGUUAUUGAUGCUAAAGGUCAUUUAUUAGGUAGAUUAGCUUCAAUCAUUGCUAAACAAAUCUUAAAUGGUGAACAUGUUGUUGUUGUUAGAUGUGAAGCAUUAAACAUUUCAGGUGAAUUCUUCAGAAACAAGUUAAAAUAUCAUGACUACUUAAGAAAAUCAACUCGUUAUAAUAAAACUAAAGGUCCAUUUCAUUUUAGAGCUCCUUCAAGAAUUUUAUACAAAGCAAUCCGUGGUAUGUUACCACAUAAGACCAAGAGAGGUCAACAAGCGAUGGAACGUCUCAAGGUUUUUGAAGGAGUUCCAACUCCCUAUGAUAAAACCAAGAGAGUAGUUGUUCCAUCUGCUUUAAGAGUUUUAAGAUUAAAACCAGGAAGAAAAUAUACUACUGUUGGAAAAUUAUCAUCUGCUGUUGGUUGGAAAUAUGAAGAAGUUGUUGCUAAAUUAGAAGAAAAAAGAAGAGUUCAAGGUGCUGAAUAUUAUGCUAAAAAGAAAGCUUUAACUAAAAAAAUCAAUGCUGCUAAUGCUGCUAAUGCUGAAACUGAAGUUGGUAAACAAUUAGCUUCAUUUGGUUAUUAA